AUGUCCGUUUCAAACUUAAUUUCCACUACCCCAAACCACCAUAUUCGUCUUGACGAACCAAUCUCAAACAAUGAUAGUCCUCCCUCCAUGAAGAACGCUGAGAGCUCCGCGGAAAUACAACAGGCUUUCAGGGCUGGCAAAGAGCAUGUAGUGGCAUGGUCACCGCAGGAGGAUGCACGUAUCGAGCAAGCCAUGCAAGACCUUGGAUCUUACCUAACCGAUCUUGAGCACUCUCUUUCUUAUGAGGGAACAGACAAAAAGGUCGUAUGGCGAAAGUCAUGCUGGUUUGCCAGUCACGGUAUCGGUCAUCCAUUCCUAGACUCUGAAUCGGACAUUGCCAAGUUCGAUGGAGAUCUCAAGGAUGGUCUGACUGGUCUUCAAGCCCUACACGACCCACGAAUUCGUGACUCUAUGCAUUGUCUCAAGUCAUUCUUGGACAGUGCCUUGGUCGAGACCAGUAUGGCAGUCGGUAUCGACCCAGAUCUCGUACAGCGAUGCACUGUACGCUACAGAGCUAUCAAGUAUACACCUCACGCUGGUGCCCCAGGAGGCAUUGGUCUUCACCCAGAUGGUAACCUACUAUCUGCUCUCAUUACAAAUGGACCCGGACUCCGUGUCUAUGACCUCGAUGGUACUGUCCGAUUCCCUGGACAUAAGGGUACUAUCAUGAUGGGUGGAUCAACGCUCUACCGUUGGGCAAAUGAGUUUUUACCCACCUUUCACGACGUUGAUAUCAGUGGCGAUGAAGUCAAGGUUUCCAUUGUGGCAUUCUUCAAUUUCCCCGACAUGCAAACGAUACCAAGGAACGUGAGCACUCAGGAUGAAGGAUUCUUUCAUGAUAUUCGACGUAUCAAAGAGGAUGACAAGUUGCCCCAUGGGGAGCUAUCACCGUUGUGGGAUAUUAUUAUCAAGAACCAUAAUCUUUCCCUGCCACCAGUUCGUGCAAGUGGAUGA